GCUAAAGCCCUCAAUUUGAUUGAUUCACUCAGUUGUUCUCUAGUCUCCUCCUCCUAAUAGCUCUCGAUGUCUAACGCCGACGAACCACCGCAGAAAACCAACCAACCACCGUCGUCUUCAUUGACGCCGCCGUCAUUGUUCUCACUCCCGGUGGACAUCGUAUUGAACAUCUUAGCCUUGGUACCAAAACGAUAUUACCCAAUCCUCUGUUGCGUCUCCAAGUCCUUGCGGAGUCUAAUUCGCUCGCCGGAGAUUCACAAGACGCGAUCUUUACACGGAAAGGACUCUCUUUAUCUAUGCUUCUCGACCAGAACUACAUACCCGAACCGGAACCGGACGACUUUUCACUGGUUCACUCUCCGGAGGAAUGAUAACAAGAUGAAUACGACUGAGAAUGUCUUCGUCUCCAUCGAUGUUCCUUAUCGUCCCGGGCAUGCUUCUUACCCUCUUUCCAAUAUCGCAAUUGAUACAGAGAUUUACUGCAUUCCCGGAUAUAAUUUUCCCUCAUCAUCAAUCGUAUGGAUCUUUGACACCCAAUCUGGACAGUGGCGUCAAGGACCUAGUAUGCAAGUGGAGCGAUUAUCAGCUACCGUAGGACUAGUCGGUGGUAAGAUCUAUGUGAUCGGAGGCAACAGAGGCGAAGAGAUCCUAGCGGAAGUAUUUGACUUAAAGACACAAACUUGGGAAGCAGCGCCGAUUCCUAAGGCAAAGGAUAGAAACGAAUGGUUCACGCAUGCAAGUGUUUCACUUGAUAGGAAGGUUUAUGCUUUAAAUUCGAGGGAAUACAUGAAUUCUUACGAUACUAGAGAUGGUUCUUAUCAAAGAUAUACGAUACCUGAAGAUAAUUGGUGGAAGACAGGAAAAUGCGUGAUUGACAAUGUGCUCUUCGUUUACUUCCUUAGAUUUGGGUUAAUGUGGUAUGACUCUGAGCUGAUGUUGUGGAGAGUGGUUUAUGGUUUAGAUCUUGACAAAGCUCGAUGCAUUGGGAUCGGGGAAUACUACGGAAAGUUGGCGUUUAUAUGGGGAAAACCAAGUAAUGUUAGUGAAAGCAAAGAGAUUUGGUGUAGAAUGAUUGGCUUGCUUAGGAGUGAAGUAGGAAUUCAUGGAACUGAAGAACCGUCUCAACUUCUCAGAAUCGUUCCUAACAACUAUAGUUUGCGCCAUUGUCUGUCUCUUUCGGGUUAAACUUAAUCAAGAGAUAUAUUGUUGACGUUAGAUGUUUAUUUAGUCUUUCUUUAGUCAUUAUGAUCAAUAUCACUACAAUGUGUUUACAAGAUUCAUUGCUGUUGCGGUUUCAGCAUCUUGCUUUGUUCCUUCCACCCUAUCCAUUUUGCAUAAUUAGCUUAGCAAGUUUUUAAUAUUGUAAGUUCACCCAUUUUGUCCCAUUUACUAAAAAAUCGAUUCAAACGAAACCUGAA